AUGUCGAUGAGGCUUGACAGACACAACCUGCAUCUAAAUCAUUGUCGGGACUUUUUUUUGUUGUGAACGGAAUCGUGUCCGUAUAAUGUCACCGUUGCAGACGCGUAGCUGGAUGUGAAUAUCCCGGAUUCAGCCGGUAUAGAGAGCGGAGGUGAACGCACCUUGCAUGCAGCCAUGGGAGGUCAGAUCACCAGGAAUACCUUCUACGAUUCUCUCAACGGGCCAUUUCCCGCCACAUCUCACCGAUGCCACCACAAGCCCAAGCGCUGCCUACCCAUCCAGCCGUGUGGGAGUCUGUCCUCCUUCCCUUUGCUCUUCCACCCCAGCACCAAGGGCUCGCAGAUCGUCAUGGACAUAUCCCAACGCACCGUCAAGAGACAGGCCAGCUUCUGCAACGCCAUCACCUUCAGCAACAGACCAACCGCUGUGUAUGAGCAAGUUCGUCUGAAGAUCACCAAAAAGCAGUGCUGCUGGAGCGGUGCUCUGCGUCUUGGUUUUACAUCCAAAGACCCAUCAAGGAUCAAUCCAGACACCUUGCCGAAGUACGCCUGCCCUGACUUGGUCUCGCAGAGCGGCUUUUGGGCAAAAGCUCUACCAGAGGAGCUGUCCAAUGAGGGAAACAUCAUCUCCUUCUGGGUAGACAAGAAAGGCCGGGUGUUUUACCGAAUCAACGACUCGAGCCCAACACUGUUCUUCAGCGGGGUGCAUGUCUCUGUUCCUCUGUGGGCUCUUAUAGACAUCUACGGCCUCACCAGGGGGGUCCAGCUGCUAGACAGCGAGAUGGUCCCUCUGGAUUGCCUGCGUCCUCGUUCUUUUGCUGCCGCCCACAGGGCCUACAUUCAGCGAAACAGCGAUGACCCUCGCCUUUCCAUCAGCCUGUGUGACCUGAGCCUACAGCAGCAAGACACGCAUCUGGAAGAAGAUGAUGAGGAAGAGGAACGGCUACAUCGCUUAAGCUCCGCCUCCUGCCAUGUGCCCCAAAACUCUCAAAACUCCCAGCAGUGCUCGCUGUUGCCCAGCCACUUGGACACUGAUCUGCACUUCCACUCGGUGCAUGGCGUCCAUGUCACUGGGCUGGAUAAGCACACGGUGGCGAGGCUGGAUCACCGUGGUGACGAGAGGACCCUGGUGUUCACCAAUCGGCCGAUGAGUUGUUCAGAGACGGUGUUUGUGAAGGUGAAGACAGGUGUAGCCCGGCCUGGGUGUCUCUCUUACGGCGUGACAUCCUGUGACCCAGCCACCCUGAGGCAAAGUGACCUCCCGUCAAACCCAGAGUCCCUGGUUGACCGCAAGGAGUUCUGGGCCGUGGGUCGGGUGGCGGUGCCGCUCCACAGUGGAGAUAUCCUGGGCUUUGUGGUGAACGCAGAAGGAGAGGUCAUGAUGAGCCACAACGGUGUCAGCGCGGGGAUGCAGCUGUGUGUCGAUAACUCCAGACCACUCUGGAUGUUCUACGGUCUGCACGGCACCAUCACACAACUCAGGAUUUUAGGCUCAUCUCCACACCCAGACCUUCGAGGCCCGUCGGUCCCCAGCUCCCCAUCCUGUACACCCAACACCCCCACAAUGCUCAGCAGCGGCAACUCCGAGCCAAACCUCAACACACAAUUGAACAUCAAACUCAAUUCAAGCCUCAACUCCAGCUACUACUCAGCCUUUUCCUCCUCCACAGGUACAACUCCAAGCUCUCCAUUCUCCAGCCACCCAGAGUCCCCCACCUUCCCAUCAUACUCUGGCUCGUGGAGCGACGAAUGCACCAUUUGCUACGAGAACGAGGUGGACACCGUACUCUACGCCUGCGGACACAUGUGUCUCUGCUACGCCUGUGGCCUCAAACUCAAGAAGAUGGCCAACGCAUGCUGCCCCAUCUGCAGGAGGACAAUCAAAGAUAUCAUCAAGACCUACCGGAGCACGUAGGCUAAGACUACAAGUCGCAUAGUCAGGUUCAAGAGGUUGUUUAAGCCAUGCAAGACUUUGUAAAGACAGAUGCAGCACAAGUGAAUGCCCCGUUUCUUUAGGUGUGCAAUCUGGCUCAGGUACUCUACAGCAGGACUCCUGCAAAAUCCAUCUUUAAAACAUUUUAUCUGUCAAAUGAAGAUCUUUGGAAAUCUCACAGCUCCCAUCUGUGAUGUCUCAGUAAGGAUCCGGCUAUGAAACUCAUCAUACAGUGAAAAAAAAGUAUGUGCAACUGCAGGAUCUGCAGAUAGGGCCAUGGCCUACUCAUGUCGAGUGAAUCUGUGCUUUGUGUGAUUUGCUGAAGAGAAAGAGUAAUCUGAAGAGGCAUCUGCCCUACUUCCUGCAGACUAACGUUUCAUUCUGCUGGUGAUUGCAUCACUGCGAGCUAAUUUUAAAAAAAGGUAGUAAAAUUGUCCAUAGCAGCAGAAGAAACGAGAAGAAUAAAUAUGUAGUUCCACCAGCUGCUUGUCAGAAUGCAUUCAGUCAAAAAGUGUAAGAGUAAGAAUCAAUGCUCAUUUAAAAUCUGAGCAGUAUGAUCAACAUUGGUUUCAUUUGACAUUUCCUGAAUACAUUCAGACGUAAGUGGGGAACGGGUAAACAUUAAGAGUUUUUCCUUGUAAAAACCUAGCAGUACGUCUAAAAUAAGCCAUUUUUUUUUAAUACUCAGAAUAUUCCCCUGCAAUAAAACACAAUGAAAUGCCUAGGCCUAAAGGGUAAAUAAAUUAAGUGUUAGUCAGAUAUCUCACUGCCUGUUGUGCUUCUGUGAAUUUCAGACAGGGCGAGAUACUGUGAAGGGUAAAAAAAAGUGUGAAUGUUGUCACCAUAGAAGGUCAAGCUCACGGUGAAUGAGGAUGUAAAUCAGUGACGAGGCAGCGAGGUAGGAGAGAGGAUGUUGUAUGUUUGGGACGAAGACAGGGGAGGAAGGGCCACCUUUAGCUGUGUGUCUGCUCAUCGUUUCAGUGCAAAGAAAGUGUUUGCUCUCUCAGGCACAGCCCAUACAUCAGAGGUUUGUAUGAAAGCCUGUAAAAUGUGGGACUUGCAUGAGUUGCAUGUCCUGCUUCUUGGCGUUCUCAAUCAGCUAGCUAGAUGCUGCGGUUGGACAAAAGUCAUCCAAAUAAACAUUGGUGGGCAGGGAAGUAUUUUUAAAAUGCUGAACAAGCACAUAAAGAUGAGAAACCAAUCUCUUCAUCAUUGUAAGAAAGCCAUGAAAUCCCUCUGUAAAGUUACAGAUGGCUUUGCAUACUUCAGGUUACACACACUCCUUCAUAUGUAUAUUAAAUCAAAACAUAAAUAUUUUUCAGCAGUGACGCAUUUCAUUAAACCAAGUGAAAAAACACACACGACUGCAGUCAGUGACAAGGCUUGUUAUUGUAGCACGUUGUGAGGUCUGCAUUUGCAUAUCAGUGUCUGAGUGCUGCUCUUAGUCUGUAAAAGCAAACUCCAAGGACAAUUUCACUCAAAUAACUUCAUGCAUUAUUUACUGCUUUGAAUUGUGAAGAAAUGCAAGCUAUUUUCAGGUGUAAUUUUGGUCUUGCUAAAACUUUAGUCUUUUGGUAAGUAGUAAGUGCUAUUACGUUUUUGUUUUUCGAGGUGUUGAAGCUUUAUUUUGCCGCUGUGGAGGGAAAUGUUCUGUUGUAUGACGUUUGAGUCAGUCAAGUUUUCUUGUGUGCCUUUAAAAAGAGAAGUCUGGACACACAUUGGGUCUUCUAGGCUCCUCCUUGUAAAAACAGGAUGUUUAUAUUCAUCUUAAAGUCGCUCUUACAUGGUUUUAAUGUCUCUGAUGUGAGCAGGUUUCACCACAAAACAUACAAAACAAACAUUUCAGUGUGCUUAAUAUCAGUGUGUGAAUGUAUUCACUGCUAUGAAAUGUUGUAUUAUCGUUCCCUUUGUCACUGCAUCGCAUAAUACUGGAAUUUUGUUGUGCUUGAGAGAUACUCCUUUUACGUUUCUACCUGUUUUUGUUUUACUUCCUGACCAAAUAUGACCUAGCAGAAAUAAAACAUUUGUGAAACAUUUUGAUAGAAAAAUAGCAUUGAUAAGUGUAAUAUUAACUGUACAUUAUGAGGUUUAUUUAUUUAGUCAACGCUACUAUAAAGAAAUUAUCAUUGUUUGUUUUACAUGUAUAGCUACAGUAUACUGUCCAAAAAAUAAGAAAAUUGUUUAUUUGAGUGUUGCAUAGUUAAUUACAGAACACAUUAUGCUCCCUGAAAGGCUCUGUUUGGCAUUUUUGGGAAAUAUGUUUAUUAAUCGUCUGGUGAAGAAUACAAUCAUUGAGGCCACUUUCAACUGGUAUUAUGUAUAUUUACUCACAUUAGGUACAAGUACCGUAAAGUUACUUGAGUAAUUCCAAAUACUUCUACUCCCAGAAGGAAAAUACUGUACAUUUUAUUUUUUAGCUUAAACACAAAUGCCCUGUAAAAAUUAUAGCAAUAUCGUAUAAACUAACAAUAUACCAGACAGAAGUACUUUUGAUACAGAUGGGGAAUAGAUGGUUAACAAAUCAUUUAGCAGCUAAAGAGCCAGAUAUUCCCUCAAGUAUUGCUGGAGACCAAAAUCAGAGUCUGAAAAUGAAGCCUAUCAUCUUUUUAGCUGACUAUUUUCCAGAAAGCAGAUAAGCAAACUCUACAAGAUGUCAAGUGUUCCCUUGAAUGCCAUAUACAAAUGUGUGCUUUGAAAAAGGGAAAUAAAUUGUUUAAAGGUGGCAUUACUCUACUUGUGCAUAUUUCAAUUAUAUCUUGAAUUUGGGUUGUAGGUUAAGCAGGCGUAGUUCCAAUACAAACAUCAUUUUCCCAGCCUGCUUGUCAAAUUGUUUUAAGCCUAAAUAAAACAAAAACAGCAAGUAAGUGAAGGAAGACAUAGUGCAUGGUGGACAAGAUUAUCAGCUCAUAACUUUGGUUUCCUUGGCUUUGGAUUUAUAGUCGUUAGAAAAUGAUUCUUAAGGUGGUUUAAUC